AUGAUCAAGAAGAAGACGCCGACGGCGAGCCGGCGGCGCCAUGCGUUCAAGAGCUUUCGAGAACGGAUAGACGCCAUCCGCAUCGAACCGUCGCUCAACCUCACCAAGCGGGCGCUGGACUACGUCGAGGUCUCGCACUUCCUCACCACCCUCAACCACUGGGAAGAAUGCAAUUUGCUGGGCAACUUCGUCGCCUUUGUCGACGCCACCAGGCCGUUGGUGCAGAGUUUGCCCCAGCUCCUUUUCCACAAGCAGAAGGUGUGGCAAUUGUUGCGGCGCCACAUCAGCGAGGGCGACCGCUUCUCGUUACAGCCGUUGCUCGAGCUUUUGACCCAGUUUAUCCACGAUUUGGGGCCUGAGUUCAUGGAGUUUUACGCAGAGCUGCUAGCGCUCUUACUCGACAUCGCGACGAGGGCGCCGGAGAUCGCCGGCAGUAAGGAUAAGGGCGCCCGCACCGCCGCCGCCCGCGCCGACGCCAACCUCCUCGAGUGGACGUUCACGACAUUAGCCCACUUAUUCAAGUACGAACAGCGCCAGUUGUCCCAGGAUUUGGAGCUGACGCUCGAUGGCCUUUUGCCCGUGCUUUCCGAUGACGCCACCACCAAGCGGGAAAGCUAUUUGACUCGGUUCGCCGCCGAGGCGCUCCUGUUCCUCAUCCGCAAACAAAAGCCGGCGCAGCUAGAACACACAAUCGACCUUUGCAUUACCAAACAGGUGUCGGCGGCGGCGAUGGCGACGCUCUUCACCGAGGCGAUCACGCUGGUGCAGCAGCUGUUCCACUCGAAGGGGAUGGCGAUCCUCGAUACCCUUGGCGCCAAAGUGGCGCCGGCGAUUGUCGCCGAUGUUGUACUUGCGCUUUUAGCGCACGCGCUGGCAGAGACGGCGCCCCCCGUGGUGGCCACAGCGCUUAAACACCCCAGUUGGCCGGUGGUGGCGGCGCUUACCUUCGCCGAACUGGGGAAAAAGAUUAACGAUUGGAGCGCCAUUGCUCAAGCGAUCAUCGAUCUUGAAGUGGCGCCGCUGCAGCGCCCGUUAGCCGCGUUCACGUUGGCGCUGUUGUUCCGUAACGCCGACCCCGUUCUGGUCACCAAACACGCCGCCAAACUCUUCGACCACUGUCGCCGCUAUGAUUACUUUUGCCAGGCAGUCGUCGCCGCAGUUGACGUUGACCGCGCUCGCGAAGCAGCGCUCCAAGGUGGGUUGGCGAAGCAAAUCGCUAAGUACAGCGCCGACACCAAUACCAGCAGUAAACAGCUUGCGCUUUUGAAAUGGCGUCUUCGCCAUGUGCCCGUGAACGUCCCCGUAUCCCCGGAAACCCGCUUGGAAGUGGCUUCCGCCAUUAACGCCGACAGCCCUCAAUUCUGGCACAUGGUGCUUGUUGACGGCCAGGUGCCGGACCCUCGUCGCGUAGCGCAACAGCUUAUCGAUUCCAAAAACGCUAACGGGCUUGCCCUCGUGAUGAAUGCCGUGAAUGACGCCGCUGACGCCGCUGCAAUUUUGGAGUUGGUGCUUAAUCUGCCCCCUUAUACGGCGCUGGUGAUGGCAGGAAUUGUACACUUAGCUAAAGUGGCUAGCGAUAGCCUUAAGGAUGAAUUACGCCAACAAUUAAGCCAGCGCGCCAUUAGUGCUGUCGGGGCGCUGAUCCAUGAGCUUAGAGCACCGGCAAUUGAGCUCUUAGCUGCGCUUAUGCCUGAGCUGGAAGUGGUGGCUCUGAUCAGAACCAUCGAGCUGGUGCCGCUUACUUUGGAUACCGCGAGAGAUAUCCAGCUUCGGUUUAGACAGUUUGCUGCUGAUUUCACUACUAAGCGCCACCUGGCUACCGAGACUACUAUUGCCCAAACCUGGCUCAUUGGCCAACUUCUGAACCGGUUCCAACCGCUGUGGCAGGGUGUCCACGCGGCGUUACCCAAAAUUGGCUUGCUGUGGGACAUCUGUGCCGUCUACUUGAACGGGGGAGUGGUCCCUGAACAAAUUAACGAGGACGAAGCUACCUUUGAAGAUGAGGCUAAUGACGAUGAAAUGGAGGUUGACGAAGACGACGACGACGAAAUCGAAGUGGCGAGUGAGUCCCGUUUUGCCUCUGCUUUCGAACAAAGCGCUGCUCUGACCUCGAUCUUCACCAGAGUAGACUCGGCUUUAAUCGAGGAGCUGAAUGCCGAUGAGGCUCUGCCUACGGUGGAACUGAUGCGUACCCAAGUUCUCAAGGCGUUUGUUGCUGUUCCUCAAGCAGUGCUGGACUACGGUAAUACUCUUGCCGGCUAUGUGGCCAGCGAUGAAAGCCGCGAUUGGACUAUUCCCGAGCGUAACUUGGCUAUCACGGCGUUGCUGAACUUACCCGUGAGCUCUUAUGCUAAUGGCGAUGCCCUUAAACAAGUGGCCCUUACCCUUUUGGGAAACAUGCUGGUAGCCACUCAAAAGCUUGCCCUUGCUCUCCUCAAGCAGUAUAAGGAUUUGGGGAUUGUCCGCAAGUACCAGGACACCUUGCUGCUGUUGCUUGACGACACGUUGUUCCGCGAUACCCUCAGUGGGCUUGAGUUCGAGCACGGCGACGUUGACAACGUGAUGCCGUUCGUUGUUCGCAUUCUCUUUGGCCGGGUCCAAGGUGGGAACUCUAAGGGUAACAAGGUGGUGCUGCACAAACACGCCGUGUUGAGCUACUUGCCGAAGCUUGAACGGAGCCAUUUGGAGGAGUUCUUACUGGUAGCAGCGCAGGCGACUCGAUUCGAUGCUGAGAGAUAUGAUAUGCUGUACAUGCACAGACUCUCUGGUUACGUGACCCUUUUGCUUCAAGUGUUUGGGGUGGUCAGAGAUGCUCUGUUGGGCGCAGCGAUUGCUCCCUUAGCGCAAGUCAUGGCCACCGCUGACUCUAUUCUUUCUGCUACUUCUGACCAUGAGGAAGUGGUAAUUAAAGCCGCUCGUACCGUCCGUGGUCUUGGGUUUAAAGCACUCGCCAUGCUUUUGAACUCAGUAUCCCUCGAUUGGAGCUUAUACUUGGAUGACGUCAUGGCGAUGGUUUCGCCUCGUUUGCCUCAUUUCAUGCUGGAAAACCUUCAGCAAGUCUCUGGUGUGAUGCUGACUUUGACGCUGGCAGCUACCCUGCCGGUAGACCUGGGUCUUUUAGUGUUAACUACUGAAGACUUUGCUGGUGCUAGAGCGUUGCUUAGUGUGCUUAGCCACCCGGAAGUGAAGCCCGAUGUUGCCGUCCACGUGCUCCAGUUCUGUGCCGACGUGUUUGCCCGUCAACGUGGUGAUGACGCUUACUAUGAGCUUGUGGCCCUCUGUGUAUCCUCCGUGAUCGAACACUUGCCUGCCAUCAUCCCUCGUCUUGAAGAUGUCGAUGUUGCUGUCAGUGUCUUGCUUACCAUUGUCACUAGGGAAUACUUGGACAGCAGUGCCCACGCCGACCAGUUGCUUGUCGCUUUGGUGCUGACGCUUAAUCGCGCCCGCAGUGAUGUGUUGAAGGCGAUGGUGCUUCUCCUUGGCCCUCAAGUCUCGCAGGACACUUACCACAUGAUCUAUAAGGCGUUGUGUCCCCUUUUGAUGAAGAUAAAGGACUACCACUUGCGCCAGGACAUUGUCACGUUAUUCAGUGCCCUUGCAGUGCCGAUGGCCUCGGUGAUUGCUGAGCUCAACGCUCUCGACCGUGGUGAAUUCGACUAUGAGCGUCGUUUAGCCGCUUACAGACAGCUUACUGAUUCUCAGUACCUCACAUUGACGCUGUUUGACUGGCUCUCCGUCGUCUCCAACGCCAUCUACUACCUUGGAGUUGACGAUUUGCCCAUCUACACCAACGCCCAGCUCGUGCUCACUAAGUUUAUUCUGGUUGCUCACGAAAAGGCGAAAGAUGUAUUUGACGAGGUGCUUUUGCCUCAACUUCAAUUCGGGCUUAGAGGCACCAACGACCGCUGGAUUGAAGUGCUCGCUGCUAUUGUCACCAGUGGCCACUACUCUGAAUUUGCUGACUUACAACCGUUCGCUGAUAACGAGAUCUUCGCUGUUUUGACCCACAUCCAAAUCCCCCAGAGAGCCCUGGCGAUGAGAAAGAUUGGUGAAGUUGCUCCUACUCUCGGUUCUGACUCCGCUAGUCACUACGUGAUGCCGAUUCUCGAGCGGUACGUGCUUGACAAUGUUGACAAGAACUCGUUGGUGUCGUUGGAUGCCCUCGACGCUGUUUCGCCCGUGGUUUCUCGCUUCAACUGGCAACUGUUCAAGACCAUUGUUAAGCGGUACGCGAAGCAAGUGAAGUUCUUGGAGCGUGAAGCCGGUGAAGAUGGCGAUAGCACCAAUUUGAAGAAGUACGUGUGGCUUUUGGAAGCGGCGUCGAGACUGUUCCGCCACUUGAACAAGCCUCAAGAAUCUGUGGUGCCUUACGUCACUAAGGAGUUUAUCCCCACCGUGCUUCCGUUGUUGGAUAAGCGUAACGAUAACACCAUCAGUGUGCGGUUGUUGCUUGCCGUUGCUCUUGCUGAAGUGAUUGAUGCUACCGACGACGACGCCACCAUCGCUGCUGAAAUGCCUCCCGUGAUUCUCCCCACGUGUAACGUGAUGAAGUCUCGUACUGGUGAUCUCAGAGAUGCUACUCGUAAGGUACUUUUGCGGAUCGUCAACCUGGUUGGGCCCCGUUACUUGAACUAUAUCUUUGACCAGCUUAGAGCUACCCUUGCCAGAGGGUCUCAGAUCCACGUGUUGGCGUAUACCGUGCACUACCUCCUCACCCUGGCUUCGUUGAAGCACCAAGGUGAAUUGGACGACUGUGUCGGUACCAUUGUUGAUGUGGUCAUGGAAGACGUUUUUGGGGCUGCUGGUCAAGAAAAGGACGCUGAGGGCUACAUCUCGAAGAUGAAGGAAGUUAAGGCGAAGACGUCGUUUGAUACCAUCGAGAUCGUCGCUGGCCACGUGCUGUUGCCCAAGUUUGGCCGGGUAUUGGCUCCGAUUAAGAUGUUGCUUAGAGAACACAUCAACCACAAGACUCAAGUGCAAUUGGACGAGUUGAUCCGCCGUGUCAGUGUGGGUGUGCUUAAGAACCCCGCCUCAGGGCUGGUGAGCAUGUUGCAGUUGUGUUUCGACGUCCUCCAGAUCCCUAACGAAGUGGACGCUGAAGAGGCUAAACCUAAGCCCCAAGUGGUGCAAAACCCUAAGCGUGGUGACGAGUCGUUCUUUGUGGUGCUGAUGAACCGCAAACAGCUGCUGAAGGCGUGGGACUCCACUCAUUUCAAGGGUUUCUUCUACCGGUUUGGUCUCGAGAUGUUACGGUCAGCGGUGGCCAAACACCCUCAGCUCCAGUCUGUAGGGUCGAUGGCUCAGUUUGUACCCUUAUUGAACCAGUGUUUGGCCAACACUGAUGAGCUGGUGGUGAUGCUGGCUCUCAGAAUGUUGGAUGUCAUUGUUAAGCGUGGCCUCGGUGCUUCUGCCGAUGACGUCACUGUCGCCACCAACCGGGCUCUCGAGAUCAUUUCUGACGCUCUGUCCACUGACGAAGAAGUGUGUCAAGCCGCUUUGAGAUUCUUGACCACGGUGCUUCGUCACCAGGAACUGGUGGAGCUUCCUGACCGCCAGGUGGGUCAUAUCAUUACCAAGUGUCAACCCGAUUUGGAGGACCCUAAGGCUCAAGGGUCGUUGGCAUUCUCAUUUAUCAAGGCAGUAAUGUUCCGCCAUAUUACCAUCGUUGAAGUUUAUGAAGUGAUUGACGACGUUAUCGCUAAGAUUAUGGUGGUCAACCACCACCCUCAACUCCGGGCACAGGCUCGUGACAUCUACUACCAGUUCCUCAUGGAGUACGACCAGCUGCGGGGCCGUUUGGACAAGCAGUUCAAGUUUUUGGUGCUGAACUUGAGCUACCCUACUGAAGAAGGGCGCCAGCUGGUGAUGGAAUUGCUUAACCAUAUCCUCAAUAACCACCUGACUACAGAUGAGCUUGUAUCCAAGCUUGCUCUGCUGUUGUUCGUUGCUCUUUGUCAAGUGGCUGUGGCCGAUGACUCCAGUAAGGGGAGACAAAUGGCGUCGUUGGUGGUGGAGAAGCUCUUGAAGCGUAAGGUCGACCACGCUCUGCUCGCCAAAUACGUCGAGUUGUGGAUGCAACUGGACCAGCCCAUGCUCAAACGGUGUGGGUUAACCACUUAUAAGAUCUGGCACCUGGCGAGAGGGGAGCUGUCGUUGGAUAAGGUGGCGGUUCAAGCCGUUUCUGAGAUCUUACAGGACGACAACGAAGAUUGGGAGUUUGUCUACGUGGCGUUGACGGUGGUGCUGCACUGGUGUACUCUGGAACGCGAGCAAGUGUUCUCGAUGCUUCCCACUGAAUUCUGGACUGAGUGGUUGCUCAAGUGUCUCCUUUUCCCGCACCCGUGGGUGCGUCUCCAAGCACUGAAGAUCCUCGGGGUGUGGCUUGGCCACCAGCUCGAUGAUGCUCCUGCUGACGCUGUACAAACUGCUGCCUACCGUUUGCUUCGUCAAUUGGGUACGCUGACGCUUAAGGAAGACUUAGCGACACAGGCAGUGAAGAACUUGGUUAAAAUCGCCAUGCACUGGCAAAAGACGAGUGCUCCGUUCAUCAAGGACGAGCGCCUGGAGCUGGACUACCCGCUGGCGCUCGCGAUGCUUGUCCACCGUACCUGUGGUAUCCUCCGUCAAGACGCCCACCGUACCGACUUAAAGGUGCUGAAACAGUCGGCAAUGAAGUUUGCGGCGAUGCUUAUUCAGAUCAUCCCUGAAGCUGAGCUCACUGGCCCCGCGGAAGCGAUCGUUUUGGCGUUACACAUUUACAUUGAACCCGGUGAAGGCGACUUACACGACUUGGCGUUGGAAGUGCAACAAGUGCUUGAGUCCAAGCUUGGCGUCACCGAAUACUCGCGACUCCACGCUCAGGUGUACCAGCAGAUCAGCCAGAGACGGUUGGAGCGUAAGCUGAAGCGGGCUCAGUUGGCGGUGACGGCCCCCGAGGCCGCGGCCAAGCAGAAGAUCAAGAAACACAUGAAGGAGCGGGAAAAGCGUAAGAACCAGAAGGAUGAGAACGGUUACUAUCAUACCAAGAAGAAGCGGAGACUCUGA